AUGGAUCAGAAAACGAUGCCAAUUGCGGUCGUUGGCAUGGCUUGUCGAUUUGCUGGGGAGGUCACCAGUCCAGAAAGGCUCUGGGAGCUGUGCGCAGAGGCGAAAAGUACUUGGUCGGAGAUACCAACGACACGCUUCAAUAACGAGGCAUUCUACCACCCCCACGGCGAGAAACUGGGAACGUCAAACGUCAAAGGUGCACAUUUCUUGAGUGAAGAUGUGUCUCUGUUUGAUGCAUCUUUCUUCAACUUUACUGCGGAAGUUGCGCAAACGAUGGAUCCCCAGUUUCGACUACAACUGGAGACAGUCUUUGAGGCUCUAGAAAGCGCUGGUUUGCCAUUGGAGUCUGCAGCCGGAUCAAAAACAUCCGUCUACGCUGGAGCUUUUUUCAGAGACUAUCACGACGCCUUAAUGCGUGAUGUGGAGACCAUGCCGCGAUUCUUUAUGACUGGCAAUGGAGCUGCUAUGGCAGCCAAUAGGAUCUCGCAUUUCUUUGAUUUUCGAGGUCCAAGCAUCACUGUCGAUACUGGUUGCUCCACCGCGUUAGCUGCCUUGCACCUUGGUUGUCAGAGCCUCCGUACUGGCGAUGCUGAGGUUUCGAUUAUCGCUGGCGCUAAUUUGAUGCUGAAUCCCGAUAUGUUCAUCUCAAUGUCGAGCUUAGGCUUCCUGUCACCAGAUGGCAAGUCUUAUGCAUUCGACAGUCGGGCAAAUGGUUAUGGACGAGGAGAGGGCGUAGCAACCGUCAUUCUCAAACCUCUAGCUGAUGCCAUCAGAGACGGUGACCCUAUUCGUGCCGUCAUCAGAGAGACCGCUCUCAAUCAGGAUGGUAGGACUCCGACAAUCACCUCUCCUAGCCAGGAAGCACAACAAGCUCUCAUACGAGAAUGCUACCAAGCGGCUGGCCUAGACCCUGCAGAGACAGCUUACGUAGAAGCACACGGUACUGGAACUCAGACGGGCGAUCCGAUAGAGGCAGCCGCGAUCGGUAUCGAAUUUGGAAAGGGAAGGCCAUCGGAGAAGCCACUCGUCAUUGGUUCAGUCAAGACCAAUCUUGGCCAUUGUGAAGCUUCAAGUGGUCUUGCUGCCCUAAUCAAGGUAGUGAUGGCGCUUGAGAAUGAGCAGAUACCUCCAAGCAUCAACUUUGAGAAGCCGAACCCUAAACUGAAGCUGGAUGAAUGGAAACUCAAGAUCGCCCGUGAGCUCCAAGCAUGGCCAGAAAGCGAGGUCAAGAGAGCUUCGAUUUCCAAUUUCGGAUAUGGCGGCUGUAAUGCACAUGUUAUCGUUGAGCAUCCCGACGUACUAUGUGGAGCUUCGGAGGCUGAUGAAGAUCAAACGACUGUUGAGAAGACUUCCCGAUUGUUUGUCCUUGCAGCAAAGGAUCCGAUUGCCCUACAAGCACAGCGUGAACGACUGGCCGAACACUUGACGGACAGUAGCGACCAAUCCUAUUCGCUUCUCAACAAUCUUGCUUACACACUCGGUAGCCGGAGAUCAAACUUGCCCUGGAAGGUCUGCUUGUCUGCCAGAACGACUGAUGAAUUGGUUGACGGCUUAAUCAGUGCGAAGCAAGCAGCUGUAAAGACCGGGCCUCUAGCCCCAAGGAUAGGAUUUGUGUUCACGGGACAAGGAGCGCAGUGGCAUGCGAUGGGCAGAGAACUGAUAUCUGCUUAUCCGGUAUUUCAAAAGACUUUGAUGGACUGCAACGCUUACUCGCGCGAGUUCGGAGUCGAGUGGUCGCUGAUAGACGAGCUCAGAAGAUCUGAGACCGAAACUCGAGUCAACGACCCUGGCAUGAGUCUGGUACUAUGUACAGCUAUCCAGCUCUCAUUGGUUUGUCUUCUUCGUUCUUGGAACGUCCUUCCAACUGCGGUCACAAGUCAUUCAAGUGGUGAGGUGGCAGCCGCAUUCGCAGCAGGCGCUCUGGACCUAAGAAACGCUAUGGCAAUUCCUUGCUUGAGAACCAAACUUAACACCAAAAUCGCUGGUGGACCGGAUGGUCAAGCAGGUGCCAUGCUAGCAGCUGGUAUAGGUCGCGAAGAUGCCGAACUCCAUCUCCAGAAAGUGACAGUUGGAAAGGCAGUCAUUGCAUGCGUGAACAGCCCAACCUCGGUCACGCUCUCGGGUGACACUACCGCUAUUGACGAAAUCCAGGUACAACUUGAGCUUGAAAAAGUGUUUGCGCGAAAGCUCAAGGUUGGCGUUGCAUACCAUUCACAUCAUAUGGCACCAUUCUCAGAGCAAUUCACUGCAGCCCUGGAGCAACUUCCGAGUUCCGAAGGAGAGUUCAACGGCGUUCGCUACACUACACCUGUGACUGGAAAGCCUCUCAAGUCAGCAAAAGAGAUCGGCAUCGGUCACUGGGCUCUCAACAUGGUAUCUCCGGUACUUUUCCUGGAUGCAUAUCGUAACAUGUGCCUGGAAAUUGGAGAGACCCCAACAAAAUUGGUCGACGUUGUGGUAGAGGUAGGUCCUCACGGAGCUCUGUCAGGACCCAUCAGACAGAUAAUGCAGCUUCCGGAGUUUGAAAAUACUGCAAUUUCUUAUGCAUCAUGUCUAGGUCGGGGCCAAGAUGCUGUGUCAACAAUGCAAGCACUAGCCAGCGAGCUCCUCGCAAUGGGCGUGCCAGUGGACCUGAAUGCUGUCAACUUCCCAAAUGGUUCUGAGCAAGCUCGUGUGCUGACAGGUCUUCCGACUUACCCUUGGACGCAUAGCAUUCAACACUGGUCUGAGCCUUCUGCCAACAAGAAUCAUCGCUCGAAGAAGCGAAGAAUGCACGAUCUGCUCGGCACUCUGGAAUCAAAUUCUAAUCCAAUGAUGCCAACCUGGCGCCUGGUUCUCAAAGUCACUGAUUUACCAUGGGUUCGUGAUCACCAAGUGCAGGGCAGCAUGAUCUAUCCCGGAGCAGGAUUUAUUUGCAUGGCGAUCGAAGGCCUCAACCAGCUCGUCCAGAACGAUGGUAAAAAUGCAACGGGCUUCAAUUUGAUGGACAUCGACAUCAAACUCGGAUUGGUCGUACCAGAGGAGGGCGGAGUCGAGCUGAAGCUUCACCUACGCGAACUGCCCGAGAAGAAUAUGUGUGAAAAGGGGUGGUAUCAGUUCCACAUCUUUUCAUUGAACAAUGGAGGCUUUUGGGCAGAACAUUGCAGCGGCAUGAUUGCAGCCGAGCUCGAGCAAAAGCUCAUCAACGUUUCGCCAACAUUGCAAAACGUUAUCUCACAGGAUAAGGAGGUGUACACCAGGCGCAUGGAAGCCACAGAUCUGUACAAAGGCCUUCGACGUGCCGACAUCUACCACGGACCUAUCUUCCAGAACUUGUUGGAGAUCAGGCAAACGCAAGGGUCCUCGCUGUGUAAUUUCAGAAUUGCAGACACAGCCAGUCUGCUACCAGCAAAGCACGAGGAGCCACAUGUGCUGCACCCCACCACUCUAGACUCAAUAUUACAAGCCGCUUACAGCUCUUUGCCCAGAAGCUCCACCACUCAAGCCCCUAAGGUGCCCAAGACCAUCAGGCAUAUGUUUGUCAAUGCAUCUGCUCGCGGUACAGUAAAUACUGUGCAAGAAGCACAUUCUGCCUUGUUGUACGACAGACCACAAGGGUUCAGCGCAUCCGUCAUAGUGCCAGGCGAAGCAGAGAAACGACCAUUCGUCGUCGUCGAUCGCCUUGUGUGCCAGUCUCUUGGGUCACUUGCGCCGCAGGUCGAAAGCUUAAAAGAUGACGCUCUCUGUAUGACAACUUCAUGGCAGGCGGACCUGUCCUUGCUUUCGCAAGAAGAAGCUCACAAUCGUCUAAAGCUGCCUGACGAUCUUGCUGAGAAUGGCACGAUUGCAGAUAUGAAGAGAGCAGUCUAUCACUACAUUCGACUAGCGCUGCAAGAGCUCGAAGACGAAGACUACGAACAAUUCCAAGCUCACCAAAAGUCCAUGUUUGAGUGGAUGAAACUCCAAGUCAAACUUGCUGAGUUUAACAUACUCGGGUCUGAUAAGAUUGGUGCCGGGACAGGAGGAUGUACACGGACAGUCCUGAACGCGCUUGGAGGUGGGACUAGUGAUCAGGUUCAAAGUUUCGCUCACUAUGAUUUCACAGACAUAUCCUCUGGCUUCUUCGGCGAAGCCAGAAAGUCAUUUGCAGCUUGGGGCGAUCAGGUUUCGUACAAGAAGCUUGAUGUUGAGUUGGACCCGACAGUGCAAGGGUUCCAAGAGCAUUCGUAUGACCUCAUUGUGGCAUGUCGAGUCCUUCACGCAACUAGAUCGAUGCAAAAGACAUUGGAAAAUGUUCACAGGUUGCUGAAACCGGGCGGCAAAUUGCUCAUGGUCGAAGACACGCAAGACGCUCUUGACACACAACUUGUCUUUGGAGUGCUUCCUGGAUGGUGGCUUGGAGAAGAAGAUGAGAGAAUCUUUAGUCCAACGCUACGGGUAGACGGAUGGAAGCGCCUGCUCAAGAAGUCUGGUUUCACCGGACUGGACAUUGUUUGUCACGAUCGGGAGGAUGAUCAACUCUAUUCCAGUAGUGUCCUGUUGAGCACUUCGACAAGGAGUGACGUUGCCACAUACUCGACAAACUUCAACAUCGUGUUGGACAAGGCAAGCCCACCGGCCUCUUGGGUCGAUUCCCUCAGGCGACACAUCUCAGACCACACUGGGCGAACGGUCAAAGUAUCCUCAUUGGCAGAGUCUGAUGCCACCGAAGAUGUUUGCGUGGUCUUAGAGGAAAUCGUGAGACCGAUUUUGGCGCAUCCGGCAUCGGAGCAAUUUUCUGCACUCGUACGACUCUUGACGAUGUCCAAGGGCGUGAUGUGGGUGAGCCGAGGUGGUACCAUCAGCUGUCCUAUUCCCGAAGCCGCCAUGCAUGUCGGCAUCCUCAGGACCUUGAGAUGUGAAAACAGCCACCGAAGACAUAUCUCGCUCGAUCUGGAUCCCAGACAAGAGCCAUGGUCGGCACACUCUGUCCAGACGAUAGCCAAGAUCCUAAAGCUGUCGUUCGACGAGUCCAUUGACUCUGCCGAUAUUGAGACAGAAAUGAUGGAGGCAUCCAACGUCAUCUGUAUACCAAGGAUCGUUGAAGAUACUGACGAAGAUGCUGCUACUCUUGGGCCACGCACAAGCUCUUUCGAGAAGCAGCCGUUUCUGAAUUCAUCUCGCAAGCUUCAGAUGAUUGUUGAGAAACCUGGUCUCUUGGAUUCUAUUGCCUUCAAGGAUAUUAGUGCAGAAAGCAUGACUCUUCCAGAGGACUUUGUAGAGAUCGAGCCCAAAGCAUUCGGACUGAACUUCCGUGAUGUUAUGGUAGCCAUGGGACAGCUAGACACCGACAUCAUGGGUUUUGAGUGUAGCGGCAUCGUACAAGCCGCUGGCAAAAACACCAAAUUCAAGGCCGGCGAUAGGGUUUGCGCUCUCAUGCGUGGUCACUGGUCGAAUGUCGUACGGCUCCAUGGCACAAGCGUUGCAAAAAUUCCGGAUGAGAUGUCUUUCGAGACUGCCACGACGAUACCUAUGGUCUUCAUCACAGCGUAUUUCUCCCUUGUCAAUACGGCGAGACUCGAGAGGGGCGAAUCAAUUCUGAUACAUGCAGCUGCAGGCGGUGUCGGACAAGCUGCUAUUAUGCUCGCGCAACACAUAGGAGCAGAGGUUUUCGUAACAGCCGGGUCAGAGGAAAAGCGCGCAUUCUUGGCUCAGCAGUAUGGACUCCCGAUGGACCAUAUCCUGUCGAGCAGAGACAGCUCUUUCGCCUCCGACAUCAUGGCUAUGACGGAUCAGCGCGGUGUAGAUGUGAUCCUGAACUCCUUGUCCGGAGCCUUGCUCAAGUCUAGUUGGCACUGCGUCGCACAGUUCGGACGAUUCGUUGAAAUAGGAAAGCGCGACAUCGAGGCCAACAACAGCCUCGAUCUUGAGCCUUUUCUUCGCAACGUCACCUUUUCCUCUGUGGAUCUGAUACAGCUAGGUCAAUUUCGCGGAGAGAUUGUAGAACGCGUCCUGUCAGAAGUUCUGGUGCUGCUCAAUCAGAACGCAAUUCGACCAGUAACACCUACACUUAAAUUUUCUGUCUCGGAGAUGGAGUGGGCUAUGCGGACCUUGCAGGCUGGUAAGCACUGGGGCAAGAUUGUAGUCGUUCCCAACGAAGAGGAUCUGGUCGACGUACAACAAUCUUUGAGGCCUGUUCGACUCUCUCCUGAUGCUACAUACCUUCUUGUAGGUGGUGCCGGGGGUAUCGGCAUGUCCAUUAUGGAGCGACUGGCAUCGGCAGGAGCUAAACACCUGCUGUUGCUGUCUCGUUCAGCCGGACGUCAGGCUGAGACUAACCCAUCCAUAAGAAAACUCCAAGAAAGUGGCUGCAACGUGGAGGCACGCGACUGCGACGUCGCCGAUGCGCAGGCACUUGGCGACUCACUGGAGUGGUGCCGAAAAUCGAUGCCUCCAAUACGUGGCAUCAUCCAGGCUGCGAUGGUCCUGAGGGAUUCCAUCUUCGAGACCAUGAGUCUAGAGGACUACAUGACCGCUAUUCGCCCGAAGGUGGCCGCCACGUUCAAUCUGCAUUAUCGGUUCGCAGCACCAGGCUCGCUCGACUUCUUCGUGACCCUCUCUUCCUUUGCUGCAGUCGGCGGAAACGCUUCACAAGCCAACUACGCUGCUGGAGGAGUCUACCAAGAUGCCCUCACCAGGCACCGUGCUUCGAUAGGACUCCCGGCAGUCGAUAUCGAUCUUGGAAUGGUCAAGUCGAUCGGCUAUGUUGCGGAGACAAAGGGCGUUGCGGAAAGACUGAGUCGUGCGGGCUAUCGGCCACUGGAGGAGGCGGAAGUAAUGUCGCUCAUCGACUCUGCUUUGCGCAAUCCGCUCCGAAGCGUCGAAGACUGUCAGAUCAUCACUGGCGUUACUGCUUCGUAUACUGGAGACACUUCAGCUACACCCUGGCGUCUGGAGCCACGCUUCCGUGGCCUGAGGCAAGCAAAGAGCACUGUCGCUAUCAUGGUCGCAGGGACUUCCGAAGGAGCUCUUGUAGACCUUAGAACUCAGCUCGCAGCAGCCGAAUCGCAAGACGACGCCACAGAAACUGUUUGCAAAGCGCUCAUCCGGAAGCUGUCCAACAUGUUCAUGGUACCAGAGGCGGACAUCAAGCGCAAUCUUCCAAUGUCGGACUUCGGUGUAGACUCUCUCGUCGCAGUCGAAUUGCGCAAUUGGUUGGUUGGUCAGACUCGGGCAGAGAUCAGCAUCUUUGAUCUGAUGCAGAGCCCGAAUCUUCUCGAGCUUGCAGAGAAGACAGCCAAAGGCAGCAAGUUGUGUACGUUCUAG